GCUGGACCUGCUGGACCCUGACAAAUUAUUACUCGCACUUAAGAACAGGCUGGUGAAUUCUGAGCUUCUGUGUGUCAGUCAAAUGUGCUAUGUGCAGAUUGUUUUGUUGCAGCCAGCCAGUGAUAGGUGUUCUUCUUGCUACCUUUACCAGCUGUAUGUUUCAUAAUCGCCGAAAUGUCGGCGAUUGUUAGCUGUACCUAUUCGGCUCUACGUCUGAUCUCGUGCAGAAACACUAAAGAGCUUGUAAAUUCAGAGACAGAGAUCCCUUUGCACAACUGUUGCAGAAAUUGAAAACACAACAAAGUCUGAGCUUCAUGGCUGUCAUUCAUUUAACAUGGUUUUGUUGCAGCCAGCUGGUGAAAGGUGCGAUCGAGUCAAGUUGAGCUGCAGCUGCUGCAUGCAGUUUAUUAAGCUGGUGUUAUCUGAACUCUGAAGUGUCACUGCAGGAAGACUUCUUGAAUUGGAGUUUGUGGUUUGUUUGAUGUUUAUGGUGUUGCUGUUUUGUGUAUAGUGGUUUUUCAGCCCCUUUCCAAUUGAGAUAUGCUCUGAAAUGGAGUUUGGUGCAGACUUGCAGUUCAACAUAACACUUAAAUGUGUCAUUUGCCUAUGUUGGUGUAUAUGCAGUAAUUGCAGUAUAUGCAGUGUUGAACAGUUGGGUAACAUAGUAAAUGAUGCCUGAUGGCUGCCGGGCUUAUUUUAUCGGCUGUGUUUUGUCGAUAUGUCGUCCCUUGGUACCGGGGUUGAGUUUCAUCGUUUUCUGCCGUUGCAUAGACUUGAUCCUGCCAAGUAUUACUCAGUUCCUAGCUACUACACCGAGGCUCCAACUUAUUACACCACCAAAGCGGCUGAAUACUACACCGAGCCGCCCAAGUACUACACCACCAAGGCUCCAGAGUAUUACACCACAACUUAUGCUUCCCCGAGGCACUACACUGAAGCCCCGAAGUAUUACUCUGCCUCAAGCUACACAACUACAACUGAGGCGGCCAAGUAUUACGCAGCCCCGACUUACUACACAGCGGCUGCUCCUUCGUACUACGUUGAACCGGAAUACUACACCGAGGCACCAGUUUACUACACCACAACCCACGCUACACCUAGCUACUACACCGAGGCCCCUAAGUACUACGCUACCAAGGCACCUGAGUAUUAUACCACUACUUUCGCUGCUCCGACCAGCUACACCGAAGCUCCGAACUAUUACUCUAUCCCGAGUUACUACACCACUAAGGCACCUGAAUAUUACGCCACACCCUACGCUUCUCCAACUUACUACAGCGACGUUUUCUGAUUUUUAUUGUAUCUUUCCUAUUUCACAUGUUGGAAGUGACUAUUGCUCUAGUCGCUCUGUAUUCCGACAUGUUCUGAUGUUGGGACGAACUUCAUUUACAGGGCAAGUUACGAAAGAUACGUAUUGUGGUGUUGACUUAAAAGAAAAAUGAUGUUAACGGCUCUGUUUUUAAUUUUAUUUGGUGUAACAAAGGAGUUGCAGAUAGUGUUUGGUUUCUCAUAGAAGUUUAUUUGAAGGGUCUGGAGUUGAUCAGAGUCAGAAAGUCAUUUGCCUAUAACAUAUGUAAAACUUCAAAGUUGUAAAAAAUAUAUAAAUCGUGAACUAAACAUUUUUU